AUGCCUAAGUUAGGUAGGGUAUUUCAAGGAAAACCGGGUGGCCGGAGCCGUGUGUGGUGGCCGGAGCCUUGUGUCAGAGAGAGAAAGAAAGUGGUGGCUAGGCUUCUGCAUGGCACGUGGUGGCAUGUAGGAGAUGUGAAUUGUUUGUUGGGCUGUCCAGCUGUAACUGGGCUUCCUCCUUGGAUUUGGGCUCCUGAAUGGAGGAGGCUUUUGACUUGCCAACUGGUCUUUGACUUGGGUUGUCCAGCUAUAACUGGGCUGGAGGCAAGCUGGCCUUCUGCUGGAGCAGGUGGCAGUUUGGGUCGGCUUAUUUGUGGUUGA